AUGGAGCAAUGGAGUUUGUACGCUCUGGCCUUGGGUUUCUUUCAUCUCAUGGAGUUCAUGCUAACAGCUGCUUUCCGACCAGCAAACGUUAGCUACGAGUCGUUCCUUUUAAAUCAUAGUCGAGAAUACCACUUGGCAGUACUAUUAAGCGGUGUUGAGUUUUUUUUCGAGUUAUAUUUUGUACCGGGCUGGAAGUUACAUCCCAUAGUGCGGCCAGUGGGUUGUGUUUUGGUCCUUUUCGGGCAAAUUGUUCGCGUAUUGGCCAUGAGUACUGCCGCCAGCAACUUUUCGCAUCGAAUCGAAUAUUUGAAAAGAAAAGAACAUAAACUUGUGACUCACGGAGUGUACCGAUUUAUUCGUCACCCGAGUUAUCUCGGAUGGUUCUGGUGGAUUGUGGGUAGUCAGAUUUUGCUCGCUAAUCCCGUCUGUAUUGUUGGCUACUCGUUUGUGGCCUGGGGCUUCUUUCAUGAUCGCAUUCCGUACGAGGAGCAUCUGCUCAUAGGAUUCUUUCCAGAUGAAUAUCCGGCAUACAAGGCACGCACAGUUAGUGGAAUUCCAUUUGUAUAG